GGAGGAGAGAAAAUUUGACACGUGGAUUACUCCUCCUCGGGCAUCAGGAAAAACAGUCCCUCCUCAUCCGUCCUCCUCCUCCAGCUCCGCUCAUGAUCGUCGCCUCAGCUCCUUCGGAUUAUGUAAAUUAACGCCGAUUAGCGGUGAUGUGAUUGCGGAAAGACUUUAUGAAACGGUUUGUUUUGUUUUUUUUUUUCCCUCCGAACGGUGACUUUUCUGUACUGAUCGACCCGGAAAGAGAUUGAAAGUGAGUGGCCGGAGCGGCUGGAGAGAGGCUGCCGUCACCUCGCGUUGAAUGGCAGUUAUUCAAAAAUAUGGCAAAAACUAUAGUGCAGAUCUGGUCGGUCACAAGGAAAUCCACCCGCCUGACAAGGUCGGAGCACCUGGAUGCCAUAAGAAGUGGCCUGAACACAACACCAACUGGUCGAGGCCCGUGGCGAGGGUAUGGACGGUGGUGCUGCUGCUGGGCACGUGCCUCCUGUACUGCGCCCGCGUGGCGAUGCCCAUCUGUGCCGUCAGCAUGGCAGAGCAGUUCGGUUGGACCAAGCGGGAGUCGGGCAUGGUGCUGGGAAGCUUCUUCUGGGGCUACUGCUUCACGCAGGUGUUCGGCGGCUACGUCAGUGACAGGGUGGGAGGUGAGAAGGUCCUCCUGCUGUCUGCUGCAGCCUGGGGAUCAAUGACAGCCUUCACCCCCAUCCUGGCCCACUUCUGCUCCCAGCCCAUCCUCUCCAUGACCCUGGCCCGCUUCCUCAUGGGCCUGCUGCAAGGAGUUCAUUACCCUUCUCUGGCGAGCCUGUGCUCUCAGAAGGUGGUGGAGAGUGAAAGAGGCUUCCUCAUGAGCACUGUGGGCAGUGGCUCCUACCUGGGCACUCUGGUGAUCGGGGGCGCUGGCUCCCUCAUGCUGGACCUGUACGGCUGGCAGAGUGUUUUCUACGUCUCUGGUCUCCUCUCGGUCCUGUGGGCCUACUGCAUGUGGAAAUACCUCCUCAAGGGAGAAGGACCCAUAAUUACGCUGGAGUCCCUGGGCAGCGGUGGGGUCCCAUCCAAACUUUCCAAAAGACACUGGUUGCGGCUCCUCAAGCAACCUGCAGUCUGUGCUGUGAUCGUGACGCACCUUUGCACGGCGAGCACCUUCUUCACUCUGUUGUCGUGGCUGCCAACGUUCUUUAAAGACACUUUCCCCGAUGCUAAGGGCUGGGUGUUCAAUGUCAUCCCUUGGUUGGUCGCCAUCCCUUCGUCCCUGUUCAGCGGCUGCUUGUCGGAUCACCUCAUCAGUCAAGGGUUCGACACAGCCUCUGUGAGGAAGCUGAUGCAGUUUUUCUCCAUGGGUGUGUCCAGCGUGUUUACUCUUCUUCUCUGUGGCAACACCACCUUCACCUGGGCUGUCGCGUUUGUGUCUGCCACCAUGGGCCUCACAACCUUCAGUCACAGUGGUGUCUCUGUGAAUGUCCAGGACCUCGCUCCAUCCUGCGCAGGAGCCUUAUUUGGUGUUAUGAACACAUGUGGUGCUUUCUCAGGGGUCCUUAUGGUGUAUUUCUCGGGGUAUCUGAUCGAGGCCACGGGCUCGUGGGCGUCCGUGUUCGCCCUGAUCACCACCGUCAACCUGCUGGGCCUCUGCACCUUCCUGGCCUUCGCCGAGGCGCGCCGGGUCGACAUCGACACCAGUAAGGUUCGCCACCACAACAUUCACAUCUGAGGGUCGCCCCCGAGGAAGAGUCGACCUUGGGCAGCCGGCAGCAUGGACACCGGAGCCCCCCGCCCCGUCUGAUAUGGAGAGCACAUGGACAAAUCCACAAACGGCAUCUGGGAAAAAGGUUUGACUGCCUUUGUGUCCAUUAGAAGAGGUAUUGCGACAGUUACUCAAAGCACAGUGUAAAGUCUUAAGGAGCUGCAGACUUGAAUCCUGGAAGGCAAAGCUGCAUUAAAGCAGGAAGGAAGUAGGAAAAAAAAAAACACUACCUCAAGGUCACAGCUUGCGGUGGUCAAAUAGUUUUUGGGAAAACUGUGUAUGUCUGUUACAGCGUGUGCGUGUGUGUGUGUGUGUUACCGAGGAGUGGCAGAGAUUAUCUGAAAGCCAUAGCUGUCUGUUUCAGGUGUGUCUGUGUGAGUGGAGCUUGGAGAGUGAUGGAUGUGUUAGUCUCAGGAGCUCGGUGACAGCUGUGACAGACUAAGGUGGUGUGUUCCUACCCCGCGGGGACGGCAGGGCGACGCGGGGAGAGUCCGGCCUCCCGGUACCUGAAGUCUUUUAUUAGUACGCCCCACUCACCCAUCGGAGAGAGAGAUCUGUCUGAGUGACACCUCAUUACCCAGACACUAAUUACCUGGCAGCGCUCUAAUGUUCUGUACCAUUUCCAUGCUCUGGUCCCCGUCGCCGUGGUUACAAGCUCAUCUUACCGUUUCAGGAAGGGUCGAAGGAAGCUCCUUUGACCGAGCACCUUCUCUCCGAAUGUUGUCUCAAAGAAUAUGUCUCAAGGUGGAAGACCAAAGGUUAUUAAUUCAUUUAAGGAAGUGUUUUUUUUUUCUUUGCUGUUGCACGCAAUAGAAUUACCUCAUGUGAUUGUUUCAAGUACCUUUUCUGUGACACGACUUGUUGAGUUUCAAAAGCUUUUUCACAGUAAAUAAAUGUUAUUCUAAGUGACAGAAAGCAAGAAAUACACAAGACAGGAUGACAGGUAUAAUCGGAUUGAUGCGGUGAGGAAACACAAAGACUUUGUUCUUUUAUUUAGUUAUUUUCUUCUUGGAAAUGAGCCUUUUUUCUGUCAACUUUAUUGUCUGAAAUGCACAACUGAACACCCUUAUUAUCGCACUUAGCACCUUAGUUACCCAGGCAGGAGGUGUCGAGAGUAUUUCGAUGGGAGCGGUGUUUGUCUUUGUCUUGUGAGCCGGUUUCCAUCCCUCAGUAUCCAUUUUACACACUGAUGUGACGAACGCCGCAUGACAGAUGGGAGGAUUAGAAACCUGUCUUUGGCUGGGUGCAGGUGAUCAGCUGAAGGCGAUUUUGGCGAUGUGAUGUUACUGCGGAGUGUGUAGCACGGUAAAGCUCGCUGCAUAGCUUUGGAUGAAUGUCAGAGUGACUGAUCGUGGCACACUUUCACACACUUUGGUCACUUCAUGUCAAGGUUUACUUGCCAUGUGUACUUGGAAACUAUGCAUUUAUUAUUUUGUGCCUGAUUUUGAGCAGCAGCAGACCUGCUUGGUGUGCUCAGUGUGUCAAUGCAGCAUCUGUUACUGAUCAUUGUAAAUCACAUUUUGCUUUUGUUGAAUUUUUUUUGUUUCUGAAUAUCAUUUGCUGUUGCUAAAAUAAUGUUUGUGUCCUAAUGGAUAAUUUCCAUGAACCUUUUGAACUGGAUACCUUAAAGUAGAGUCAUUUGUAGUAGAGAAGAGCAUAGUAAUAGGACUUAUUUAAAGCUUUGCUUUCUGUAUUGUAAAGAUUAUUUUUCUGUGUUUAAAACACAGAAACUUAGUUACUAUACAGAAUAAUUUAUUUUGAGAGCUGAUAACCAUGCCAAAUAUCACAGCUAGUCUGCACCAACACUAUGUAUUGUGGUGAUUGUACACAAAAUGUAUUUAUUAAUGUAAGACCACUGUACGAAACUGUCAGCCUUUGAAACAACCCGGCCUGUUCUCGUGAUUUAGGAAGACACAUUCCGUAGAUGCUCGGCUCAACUCUGCAGAUGUGCUUUAUUUACGACCGCCUUCUUUUCUUAUUUUGUUGCAGUCGUGUUGCAAACCGCCUAAAGUUACGUGCUGAAUACAUUCUGGGGUUCUGUGCACCAACAUAUCUGUCUGGAUUUCCCUGAAAGCCUUCUGAUGAAGAGUUUUGUUUUUUAAUCAAUAUGUAACAUAUAUAUGAUUCAGAAAGAAAAAAAAACAUUAUUGUAAGAAGAUGCAGUAUUCUAAUGCUUUGGAGAUAUGUUAUAUUUAAAAAGAAUCUGUCACCUUUGAAUAAAAGUAUAUUUUGUCAACAAUGUC